AUGUUGCAGAGUCUACAGGCACAGGUUCCCGCACAGGCGUGGUCGCUGCUCAUAAUUGUACCAUGCCUCAUCGUUUCUCUUGGGAUCAUCGAGCGGCUGGUUGUCAAUUACCGGCUGAGUAAAGUCAAUGGAGUCCGAGCCUCCAACCUCGCCGGUAACCCGGUUACCGCAUUUUACCACUUCUUCAAGGCCGGUUACAUGCACGCCAACAACCGAAUGCUCGAAAACUUUCUCGAAAUGUUCAAAGACGCAGAUCCGACGUGCCCCCACGCCGUCGAAAUGACCAUCUUCGGCCGCCGCUCCAUCUUGACCAUUGAUCCCGAGCACAUCAAAGGACUGCUCACGACCAACUUUACGCAUUUUGGCAAGGGUGAGAUGUUCCACCGGACUUGGGAGCCGUUUCUUGGCGACAGCAUCUUUACGACAGACGGGCAGUCGUGGCAGCUGAGCCGGAAUCUGAUCCGGCCAAUGUUUAUCAAGCAGAAGAUUAGGGAUCUGGACAUUCUUGAAAGAUGGAACGAUGUGCUGAUUUCGAAGCUGCCGCCCUCGGGACAGACGGCUGAUAUUUGUGAUUUGUUUUAUCGCAUGACACUGGAUGCUAUUACCGAUUAUUUGUUGGGCCAGAGCGUCGACAGUUUGGACAACCCCAAUGGGAAAUUUACUACUGCGUUUACGAAGGUCCAGCACACUCAGAUGCUUCUCGCUAUACUCGCACCCUUCCGACGCUUCAUCCCCAAAGCUGAAUACUACAAGGGCAUUAAGGUCCUCGAAGAAUUUAUACAGCCCUUUAUUGAUGCAACCUUGACCCUCACGCCGGAACAGCUGGAGUCGAUAUCCAAGUCGGACAAGGAAUUCACAUUUCUGCACAACAUGGCUCUCUUUUCACGCGAUCCAAAGGUUAUUCGGGACCAGAUCAUGGCUGUGCUGUUGGCGGGACGAGACACAACGGCAGCGACUCUGUCUUGGACAAUUUACGAAUUAUCCAACUACCCUGAGAUUUGGCGCAGGUUGCGAAGCCGCGUUCUCGAGACAGUCGGGCCCGAGGCAGCACCAACAUACGAGGAUCUUAAAGAUUUGACGUGUCUUACCCAUGCGCUGUACGAGACAUUGAGACUGUAUCCUGCAGUCCCAUUCAACGUCAGGUCAUGCCUUGAAGACUCGACUCUGCCAGGCAAACCAGGCCAACCCGACAUUGCAACCCUCAAAGGAGACCACAUCCUCUACAGCACCCUCGCCAUGCAGCGCGUCAAGGAUUUCUAUCCUCCGGUGUCUGACGAGUUUGCCGACCCGGCGAUUUAUAGCCCCGAGCGAUGGGAGCACUGGACGCCCAAGCCGUGGCAGUUUGUGCCAUUCAACGGCGGGCCCAGAAUCUGCAUUGGACAGAACUUUGCCAUGACGGAGAUGGCAUUCACACUGGUCCGUCUUUUGCAGCGGUACGAAAGGAUCGAGUAUAGGGGAGACUGGGCGGCACAGUAUCUCAAGGCGGAUAUCGUGGGAUGCCCAGGACAAGGCGUGCCGAUCGCGCUUUAUGAAGCUAAGCAGCGAUUUUAG